GACUUCUUACGUGCUAUCAAGCCAUCCUGCGAGAUUACCUAUAAAUACCAAUAUAUCAAAACUCUACAAAGCUUAUAAACUCAAAACUCAAAACGCGAAACUCAACCCCACAAUGUCCUCAACCCCUCCUUCAACCCCCACCCUCGUCAACAUCGGCACCCACUCCCUCGCCCUCUACACCCACGGCCCAGAACCCCGCAGCUCUACAGACCCCGUCGUCCUAUUCAUCCCAGGCUUAUCAAGCAGCCGCCUCGUCUGGGCCGCCGUCACCCGCCUCCUGCCCCCCUCGCUACGCAGCUACACCUACGACCGCUCCGGCUUCGGUAACUCCUCGCUCUCUCCUCUCGCGCCCACAGCCGAGAAUAUCGCCCUAGAGUUCUCCUAUUUUAUUGAGAAAGGGCCCAUUGCGAAUCCGCUCAUCAUUGUCGCGCACUCGUGGGCUGGGGUGCUGGUUCGCGAGUUCGUCGCUCUUACGGGGAAUGGACCGCAUAUCGCUGGAUUGGUGCUCGUCGAUGCUAAUCACGAGACUACACUCCCCCCUCUGAAGAAAUGGUUAGCGGCUCUCAAACCUCUAGGUGAGGGCCUAGAACCGUACGCAGCAAGGGGUAUUGAGGUGAGAAAACAGUUGACGCAAGAAGAAUGGGAAGCGUUCAUUAGCGACGAAGGGACCGAGAAGUUCCAGCUCCAGGCUGACAAGGAGUUUGCGGAGUACGAGCCCAGUUUCGACACACUGCAAAGAAAGGAGCUGGCGAAGAGACAGCCGCUGCUGGGGGAGAAACCGGUGUUUGUGAUUGGGGGGGAGAGGAGCUGGGAUGGGGUUAGGGUGUAUGAGGCCGGGGUGAAGAGGGGGAAUGGGACGGAGGAGGAGAGGAGGUAUCUUAGGGAGAUGAUUGGGAUGGUUGAUGAGGAGAAUGAUGGGCUUAUUAGGGAGCAUUUGAAGCUUUCGGGGAGGGGGGAGAUUGUUUUUGCGAGGGAGAGUGGGCAUUUUGUGCAGGUUACUCAGCCGGAUGUUGUUGUGGCUGGGUGA